CCCAAAUGGCCCAGUCGACCAACCCACGUCGUGAAUCCCCAGGCUUCGAAGAAUCAUCUUUUCCGAGCAGGAAGUAUGACGAAGACAUGGACAUCAAGCAAAUAUUGAUCAGGAAUGAGACUCUCCUUUGGGAUCUUCGAGCGCAGCGAGACACUGAGACAUCUCGACAACUGGAAUUGCUUCAGGCCAUCAGAGACGAAUUGGUUUCUCAAACAACGCCUUUGCACUUGAUCUGUAACGCAGUCCUUCAAUGGCUUCUCGUGGCCACUGGUAUUAUCUUUGGAAUGUUUGCAAUUGCUGGCACUGGCUUACAAAAGAACGGAAACUUCCUGGCAAAGAUGCAGAAUCAGAUGAACUUGGUGACCUUUUGCCAGUCAAAUAACUCGGCAGGGAUCGCCUCUCACAGGGCAAAGGAGCAAAAUGUUAAUACUGCGCUAGAGUAUCUACGCCCACCCUUGCGAGGAGAUUUUGCAGAAAGGGCCUUCCACAAUUGCGUGGUUGGCAGAUCAAACUUUCCCAAAGAACUCAUUGGGUGCCGAUUGGCCCUGGAAAGGCGAUAAUCUUUCAAUGUUUAAGCAACCUUACAGCUGGUACUAUUGGAUUAUCCCACCCGUCGUGACUGGGUUGGCCGCUACUCUCCUAACGUGGCGCCUGUAUC